GUUCUGGGGGAUCAAUCAUGAAGCGGAAACCAGCUUCGUGCAGAUCUUUGUUUACGAUUGCUCGACCCGACGGAUCCAAAUAGCGCAAGUUUUUGGUGGCCUCCUGACUCUGGUGCUGCGAGAAAAAGAUCAGCGCAAUUUCAUUUUCUGGCUCGAUUUGAUUUGAUGCCGGCAUGAUCGUGAAGAUGACGAUAAAUAAGAGACCGAAAUGCUGACACCGAUGCUCGUAGAUCCGUAUGUGGAUUUCCGAGCUCUUCGCUUGCCUGUCAUGCGUAUCGCAACUGGCGGAAGUUUUGACACGGGGGCAGGGUCGACGGGUCUUGUUCGCAUUCACCGUCUCUGCAUUCUGGGGCGUGACGAAUUAUGUGGAAUUCAGUCCUCCGACGAAGCUCCUUGCGCUGCGCUUCAUUUCACCACCUCAGCGCCGAGACCGAGCGCCGGCGGGCGAAAAGACACCGCCCUCCACCGGACCAGCGCGAGAAGACGCCAGCCAGCUGCUCGUUCCGAGCAAAGGUGGAGCCCCCGCAGGCGCGUCACCCAAGAAACCUCCAGUGUACGGUCCCGAGACCCCACCUGCGUCCAAGCUGUUCUGCUUUACGUGGAGUCCGCUGCGCCAGCAGACGCAAGAGAUGGCGCUGUGGCGGUUCGUGCGGGCGGAGCUGCGGAAGGUUUGCAACGCGCACCUUUUUUUCACGCACAAGAAAAGUCCUACUACUUCCGCCGUAGUUCUCCGGCGUCGCGCAGGAGCGUCCCCUUCUUCUCCGCAGCAGGGCGAAGGAGCAGGUCGUGCGCGACGAGCGGAGCAGGUGGUAGACCCGGGUCCGCAACAAGUGGCAGUGGCGGCUUUGGAAAGGAUGUACGCCGCCGCGGUGAUCGACACCAGUGCGGGAAGCCUCGAAAUUUUGCGCAAAAAAUACGGAUCGCUGGAAGGGAUGCAAAGGGAGAUCCGCACGGGAAGGGAUGAAGAAAGCUACCAAGACAUCGUCGAACUGCCCCUGAACACGACGAAAAUCGGUAUUCUCGAGACGAAACUAUCCUGUGCAAAACUAUCGUAUUCGAAUUGCAAUCUUGCAUAUACAAAUCCUGUUCUUAAGGUAGAUCCGCAUUACAAAUUUUAUUUCUCAUGCUGAAGGAAUUUGUAAUGCAUUUAUACGAGUGCGAUACUUUUGCAAUGCAUAGAAACACCAAAACGGCAAAGGAUUGUGGCCCGCCCUCCAGUUAUGAAUUCGAUCUGUUGACGUAGGAGCUCCUGUGGGGUUAGUGGUAGAUGUGUAAAGGUUUUGGUAUGCAGUGCUCCAGUAAUAGAUAUCUUUAUGCCUCGUAGUUGUUGCUUGGCUCAGACUCCUGGGAGCUUGAUACCCGGCGCGGAAUAACUUUGGUUCUACGACCUCUGUUUCGUCGUGUCUUCUCCGGUUAAGGAUUUCAGUUCCCAUUACUAGCUCCAGAACGCGGGAAAUAAGAUGCUCUCUUUCCAUACCGUUGGAUGUUCCAGCAUUUCUACCUGUUCGACCGUUUUGGCUACUGGCUCCUGCCGGAAUUGGAUCACUUGCUGCUGAGUCGGGAUCGUGUGUUUGCCGCCGUGCGCGACACCAUUCGGGACUGGGUGCGGAAGUACAUCGCGAGCCGGAAGAGCCUGGCCUCGACGAACGCGACCGUCCAGGGGGAGCACGCCUUGCUGGAGACGACUUUCCUCGAGCGGGACGUGAACCCCUUUGUGCAGCCGGUGCAGUUGUCCCUCGGCAACCUGUUCGUGUGGACACAGGCCGCGUUGGCCUGCAUGAAGGACCACUGGAGCGACUGGGGGCAGUUGACGCAGGACCUGAACAAGCCCAUCUACCACGGGUGUCCGCGGAUGUCGCGGGAGAGCGGCAGCUGGCCCAAUUGCGCGCAGGACAUCGUGUUCCAACUGCAAAUGGGGCCCCGAAUGCUCAAACAGUGCAAGCGAAGAAGCAGUAGCGAGGUCGAUAAUUUCGAAAAGGAAGGGAAGUGGCCCGUCGCGGGAGAUGGUGCAGGAAGUCCCUCCAACUACACAACAAGUGGAACAACAACAGCAUCGUUUUCCUUCACCAUAGGCAGCAGAGAAAGAGAGCGCACUGAGAUGAUGACGAUCCACCCCGCCAACACCGCCUGCGGAGGCAGCAAGUACUGUGCGCAGCUUCCGGAGCUAGAUGGAAUCUGUCUUGACUUCGCUGACAAAUUCAGCAGUGCCGUGUAUACAACUUCUACACCCGACAAGAAUAGUAAACGAGCGGAGAAGGCCACCACCACCAAAAUUUUCCGAGAAAAUACUAAAGAGCAUCCGCUGGUUCGUCUGUCUGCAAGUAUCGUGAGCACCUGUGACGCGUUUCUGAUGAAAUUUGACGAGGUCGCGAAGAACGCGUUAGCCUACGGCGCCGAUAUGUGGGUGCUCCCACGAAGCAGUUCGAAGUACUGGCGUAUGCGGAAGUUGUUUUACGUUGCGGCGAACCGCACCAGCACCGCCGCCGCGCGGAUGUUCGGCCCGAACUGGUUGCAGAAAGCGCGUCUGCCCAUGGAAAAACAGUCCAAGGAGCGGUUCAUAAUGACGGUGGGGAAGAACGUCGACCUCUCGCGCAAGAAACAAACCGCGAAGCGGUUCUACGCGGAGCUGUUCUCGCCGGAGCAGGGCUACAACAUGUUUCCCAUCACGGAGGACGACCUGUUCCAGACGUGGGGACAGAUGUCCGCCGAAACUGCCGUGUUGCACAACAUGAAAUGUCCGGAGUACCACGGGAUCGGGGUGCUUGCGGUGCAGCCAAUCCUGUUCGGCAAGUCGAAUUUGGGCGGGUAGUACGAAUUAAUAUAUCCGGAAAUUGUCUGGGGGAAGGUGGUGAACGCCACGCACUGUAACCUUUAUUUUUUGACAACGUGAUGAAGUAGCUCCCGGCAUUUUCUACUCGUUGGCGUUGCGAUUGUGUUUUCUUUCGAAAAUAAGAAACGUUUGAGGGAAACUACUGUUGAACAAAUACGAAACACCACGCACCGUACAGCUGGGUCAUCUUCUGUACACGGAUGAUUUGGAUGAAACUUUUGCACCAACAUGAUACGAAAAACUGGCAGCAGCCACGCGAACCCUGUGCGCAAAUUUUACGGGAAUGGGGCCAGUUUGACGUCCCAACCAUUCC